CGGUAUCCGACAGUAGCUACCUCAUCCCUUAACGCCCACAGUGGCAUGCAGAGUUCCCCUUGACUAGGCCAGAAUAAUUUUGAGCCGCCUUUGCAGAUUUAAUAAUGACUAGUAAGCAUGGGGCAGAGUCCGAGUCAGGACCUUCGGCGAGUCGCAGCGCCACAUCGUCUCGGAAACACCAUCGAAGCAAACACGACUCCGUAAAUCGUGAGGGACAUGCUGCUGCUGAAACCGACAGUUUUUGGUACCAGUCCUUGCAAACACCGCCGCCGUCGAACUUCACGCCGGGCAUGAUAUUACUACUUAAAAAGGCUCUUUUGAAUUCUCACUCUCGGGGAAAGACAAGACGCGCUGUUUUAUGCUUUGAUCGAGCGGUUUAUGUUUCUGGCCAAAGCUGGGAUGCCGGCUGGGGUUGCGGGUACCGGAACUUUCUUAUGUCCUGUUCGUCCUUGAUGGAUCAGCAUUUACAAUCAAUGUACUUUCCACUCCUCGACAGCCCAAUCUCUCCGAGUGUUAGACAGCUCCAAUUGUGGCUGGAGGUUGCUUGGUCAUCAGGUUUUGAUGUUCAAGGGGCAGAGCAACUUUCGCCCUUGGUAGGUUCGAACAAGUGGAUCGGUGUUUCAGACUUAUACACCGCGUUUUCAUCUCGGGGGAUACCCUGUGAACUAGUUGAUUUUAACUACAAACAAUCCUUUCAUGGCAAUGAUGCCCUGAUACAGUGGAUCAUCGAUUACUUCUCGCCGCCUACAGAAAUACAUCGGCCAACCAACUUAACGGAAGCGCUGAUGAACCCGUCUGUAAAGUGCACAGAAAAAAUGCCCAUCAUCUUACAAGAUGGAUGGCAUUCUCGCACUGUCGUUGGUUAUGAACGAAUCAGUGAUUCUAAGGUGAACCUUCUUGUUUUCGAUCCUUCGCGCCGGCCCCGCUCCAAGAUACGUAAGGCCGCUCUUGAUAUCAACGACGCCGCAUCUGCACGCGUGGAAGACGAGCUAUUGCAUGACGCCUUGAAGCAUUUUCGGUAUAGGUUGUUCAAUAAUGUAUUCGGGAAGCAGUGGCAAAUUUUGUAUUUCCCCAUGACGGAACCUCUGACAGAGUCUCAGAUGGAACGAAGGAAGGUUGUAGUCAGCACAAGAGCCUAAAAGCGAUUUAAGCGGAAAUUUAUAUGUACGAUGUUUUUAGAUUGAUUUCUUAUGCUUUGGGGCUAAGCCCACACACAUGCUACAAUUUUCAUGUACUUCUCCCGCUUUCCGACACGAUGGCCUGUACCUC